AUGAAGGAUUUGAUUGAUGCUGCCAUCAAGAGCACUUACGAUACUCGGAGCCCCGGUGGAGUCGAACGUUGCACCGAUCUAUUGAUUCGGUUGAAGUCUCUGUCUCUCUCCGUCAAAGAUAUUCUUUACUUCUCCAAGUCGAUAUUCAAACUCGAGACUUUGAGAAGGCAUCGAAACCCUAGAAUCCGGGAAGUGUCUCAAUCUUUGCUUACUUCCUUGUUGAAGACACUCUACUCGCAAGGGACAGACAAAUCCCCCAGUCUUAACAAAGCUCGUCUGAAGAGGAAAGAGGCAAAGGCGGGGUCUUUGACGAAUAAAAGGGCAAAGACCAAUCUUUUGGUUUCGGACAAGAAACAAGAUCACAAAACUCUCGCUCGGGAACCUGUGGUAAGGAGGGCUGAGACAAAGAAGACCGAUGCUUGCAUGUCUGUUACGACCAAGCCUGUUACUACCACGGCUCUUCCUCAGCAAUCGAGACGGGACAUCAAAGAUGGUAAGGUUACAACCAAAACCUUGAUUCCUCCUCCGAGGAGAGUCCCUGCUUGCAAGAACGUUCCAGCGAAGGCUUCUAGAAACCCUAAAACAGAGGAGAUGGUUGAGCUGUUUGAAGCAGCAAAAAAAGCGGCUGACGUGGCCAAUGCUAAGGGUAUUCUCUCUGGCAAAUCAGACGCGUUGAGGUGUGUUGAGGCUAUCUCGUUACUCAUGAAGAUGAACGUCACUCCUAAACCUAAUGAGCCAAGGAAGAUGAUUGAGAGGCUGGAGAGACUUGCCAAGCACAAGGACCGUACGAUUUGCAGUGCUGCAACAACCCUUCUCCAGAUUUGGAGGCAGAGGAUCAGAGAACAAGAACGUAAAGAGUCUUCUGCCAUCAAGAACCCUCGUAGAGUUCAACGAACAUGCGGUCAGGGCUUUACAAGAGAAUCUACAAAGGCGAUGAAGUUAAUGAUGUGA